UUUUCGGUUUUUCGGCACUCGACCCUGUUCAACCCUUUUCCCUCACAUCACACCGACGACAUCGGCGACGAAGACGGUGAAAAAGACGAUUGCUCGUAGCCAGAACCACACCAUUUUAUUGAGAUGAAAAUCAUCGCAAUUUUGCACGAACGUAUCGGUGUAUGAACUUUAUCGCUUACCUGGAUACUUCACCCCAUUCAACCUGGAUUCCUCACGAGUGGCAGCCGGGCAAUGAUGCAUCAUGAUGAAAUGGGUAGUAACACGUGGAAGACCUCAGACAGACGCUCACAGUGACAAUUCAAACAUGUCUUCGAACUACAUUUGUAACAAAGAGAACUAUUUCGGGAAAUCCCUUGAUCUAAGAACUUAUAGUUUGAUUAACUCAAGCAAAGAUGUGAGUAACACAAACGCCGAUAAAUGCUCCCAACCACCGGAUCCCAGAUGCUCCUGCUUGCAAGAUUUACCAGUGAAUCAAAACUGCCAAACUCCACUGUCAUCACUGAACCCAGUAUUGAACAGAACCAAAAAGCUACGCACUCGUAGAGAACGAAACAAAGCACUCGUCAAACGUCUAUCGGCGGCAGUCGAUAACAAUAACCUCUCGGAUAUCAUCGCCCCGACCAGCUCUCGUCAACUAUUGAUAGACCCCACAAGAGACCUCCAAGUCAUCUGCCGCAAUGAUCUCGCACAAGCCGCCAUCCUACAAAGCAUCCUCAACUCAUCGCAGCAAAAUUUCAACGAACGCGAAAUCAAAUCUCCCGAGGGAGCAAGUCCCCUGCUAGGUGGUGAAUCGAAUCUCUACCGACAGCGAGCCGUUCGCAGGAAACACUGCAAGCCUCUUCCACCGUCGAAGGUGGUCCAUCAUUCGGAUUUGAACGACAGUGCCAAUUGCUUAUUCAACAGUUUUGUCUUCCGAGAACUGGCGCAUGAUGUGCUGAUUUGAAUGAAUAAAUAAAUAGAAAAACCCACAAGGUUAAA